GACUACAAGUUCGAUGGUUCGAUAGUGGUUGAAAAGUGAAAGGUUAAGAACACCAGCAAAUCUUUGUGCCACUUGAAUUUAUGGGAAAAUUGAAGUACAUAAUACGAAAAAUAAAGGCACUUGGUCCUGACCGGCAUCAUCAUGUGCAAGGAUUUUGAUCUCGAAAAAAACGCGGAUCUUUGGAUUAACAUUUCUUACUUCGACUUUUCGAUAUUUUCUCAGAGGGCGCAAGUACACUUACGAAAGACUAGCAGACUUACAUAAGUCGCCUAAAAAUCCUCGAUAGCAUGGCAUUGGUGCUGAGACCGACGAAGCAAAAGGUUUCGGGCAUCGCAGUGAGCGUGCACCGUCGUGAUAGUAUCGAGUGUAUGUACGAUCGCUCCUUCACGUCUCGCAUCAUUCAGACGUGAUCGGAAGGAAUUACGUUCGCAAGGAGAAACGAAAAGACCGCGUGCCCGCGUGUCCGCAUGUUCGUCGCUAGGACUUGGUGUUCUCCGUACUCUUGCAAUAACCUUAGCGGAAAAACGUGUCGGUGAGCAACAUCGAGUCAUCGACAACAGCAGCAUCACCGUUGUCCUCGUCGUCGUAUCUGUCGACCAGCACCGUAACGGUGUCACGUUUCACCGGCAAUAGUUGAAAGAACCGGCGAAAGAACGAAUGUCCGUUACGGACGGAACGAGUAGUGGCGUGGCCAAAUGGCAACUUGCCCUGGUGGUAGGUGCGCCGGUUGCUCUUGGCCUCGGUUACAUGUACUAUAAGAAAAAUGUCCGGACUAACUCCAAGCCGGAUCGUCAUGGCAAGCCCAAGGAAAACGGCGCGUCGACUGAUAAGCAGAUCUCCAUCGAAAACGGCGACGUCGACGGCAACCAAGUGCCUUCCUCUGCGCCUAAGCAACCUGAGACUCCCUUAGAAGAGGCGCAGAGAUAUAAGAAGGAAGGAAAUGCAUAUUUUAAAAUAGGAAAAUAUGACAAGGCCAUAGCUCAAUACAAUACAGCAAUUGAGAUUUGUCCAGCUCUAAAUGUGGAUGAAGUAGCAACUUUUUAUCAAAAUAGAGCAGCUGCUUAUGAGCAAUUGGGAAAAUACGAUUCUGUAAAAAUGGACUGUACAAAAGCAAUAGAGCUAAAACCGAGGUAUGUGAAAGCUCUGUUACGUCGAGCACGUGCUUUAGAACAAAUGGGGGAUCUUGAAUCAGCUUUGGAAGAUGUCACUGCCACAUGUAUCUAUGAAAGCUUUAGUAAUCAGUCAUCUCUUCAACUGGCAGAUAAACUAUUGAAACAACUUGGAAAGCAACAUGUUCAUGAAAACUUGCAAAAUAAAAAGUUUAUAAUGCCAAGUAAACAUUUCAUCAAGACUUACAUGGUAUCUUUCCCUAACGAUCCAGUGUUUUCUAGACUUCAACAUCCAUUAGAAGAUAUCCCAGAACUUUAUAAAAACCUGCUUCAAACAUUAAAAGACGAGAAAUAUGAUGAUGUAAUACCGCUGUGUACGGAUAUCAUUGCCAGUGCCGAAUUUGAUACAUUAUCGUGUAAAAUGGAGAUAUUACUUCUACGAACCACAUUUUAUCUUCUCUUGGGCCAACAUACUUCCGCGUUUGAAGACUUAGAUGUUAUAAUAAACGACAAAAAUGUGCCUAAGAAUGUGAUAUUGAACGCGCUUAUAAAGAAGGCAACUUUAUACAUGCAACUUGAAAAUCCAGACAUGGCUGUGAAAGGCUUUGAAGCAGCUAUCAAUCUGGAUGAAACUUAUGGUGAUAUUUAUCAUCAUAGUGGACAGAUGCAUUUACUUUUGAAUAAUGUGGAUGAAGCUAAGCGCGAUUUUGAGAAAGCGGCUCGUUACAAUCCAAGCUUCGGUCCUGGCCACGUGCAGAAGUGCUAUACAGAUUACCGUUAUGCAAUUUUCUAUAGAGAUAUAAAUGCGUUGCAGAAGGCUGAGAAAGACUUUAUGGAAGCUUUGGAGAAGUACCCGGAUCGUCCCGAAGGUUAUAUGUUGUGUGGACAGAUGAUGGCCGAAAGUCAAGAUUACGAAAAGGCGGAUACAUACUUCGCUAAAGCGUUAGAAAUAGAUCCAGAAAAUGCGAACGUAUACGUGCACAGAGGUUUACUGCAAUUGCAAUGGCAUGGUAACACCAGUUCAGGAAUCGAUAAAGCUGUGGAAUACAUUCAUAAAGCAUUGGAAAUAGAUGAGAAAUGCGAGCUUGGAUACGAAACACUAGGUACUAUUGAAGUACAAAGAGGCAACUUAGAAGAAGCAAUUAAGUUGUUCGAUAAGGCUUUGGAAUUGUGUCGUACGUCCAUGGAACUCACACAUCUGUACAGUCUGAGAGACGCCACAAAGACACAACUUACCUUAAAAAAUAAAUUAGGACUAGAUAUCAAAGACGCUCCGAACGUAUCUUAAAGUAUCAAAAAAUUAACAAUAAAAAUAAUGCACUUGAACCAAAUUGGGGAUUUCCUGUUGUGUCAACGUAACGCGUAUCCAAGAAUCGGGAAAGAUAUUUUAUUAUUUCUUGUUGAUAUAGUAUGCGGACAAUAGUACUUUAUUCCUAAUUGCAUUUGUUUGAUCUCUAUGUACACAAGAAAAGAUAGUAACAUAUAAUAUGUUAGUUUAUCACAGAUGUCCUGUAGUUUAAAAAUAUUUGUUAUACAAUGAGAUUUAUACAUUAUUGAGCUCAAUAUUUGUAUAUUAUUGUUUGCAAGACUGUCUUAUUUAACGAAGAUCCUAUGUUUAUGUCUAUGCAGAUCUGGUAUAUACAUUUUGAUUAUAAUUAUGAUCUUCAUUUUUGAUUUUUUAAACUUAAAAUGUUAAUACGCAGAUUAUAUGUUGAUACUGUUAUUCGAUAUAUAGGAUAUUUUAUAUAAUAUAAAAAGCAUUGAUAGGAGGGGGGGAGAGAGAGAGAGAGAGCUUAUAUACAAGCAUGAAAUUACAUUUUGUAUUAUUCUGUACAUAAGACAUCAGUAUGAGGCAAUAAUCAAGUUUUUAAACAA